CUCUCACAAACAUUUGCUUUCCUGUUGCUGACAGUCGCACACCCACUCGCUCAAGAAUGGCAGGAAAAAAGGCAUUAGUGAUCCUCUCUAAAGGUGCAGAAGAGAUGGAAACGGUUAUACCUGUGGACAUAAUGCGUAGAGCUGGGAUUGCUGUGACGUUGGCAGGGUUGACAGGCAAAGAGCCUGUGCAGUGCAGCAGAGAUGUCUACCUUGUUCCUGAUGCCAGCCUGGAGGAUGCCCGCAAGCAGGGUCCAUAUGAUGUGGUUCUUCUGCCAGGGGGAGCUCUCGGUGCCCAGAACCUGUCAGAGUCCCCUGCUGUGAAAGAGGUGUUGAAGGACCAGGAGGACAGGAAAGGGCUGAUCGCUGCCAUCUGUGCAGGUCCCACAGCGCUCCUGGCACAUGGUAUUGCCUACGGCAGCACAGUCACCACCCACCCUGGUGCCAAGGACAAGAUGAUGACUGGAGGCCACUACAAGUAUUCUGAGGCUCGAGUCCAGAAGGAUGGCCAUCUGAUUACCAGCCGUGGGCCAGGAACCAGCUUUGAGUUUGCCCUGGCCAUUGUAGAGGAGCUCAUGGGGGCUGAGGUUGUUGCUACUGUCAAAGCACCCCUGGUUCUGAAAGACUGAGUGGUGUUGAGCCUUUCAAACUAAAGCACUGUCAACUACACCCCAACUACUCCACACUGUUCAUCAUGGUACACAGGCCAAUCAUUGUGAACAAAGAAUAAUGAUUGACAGGAUAAUGUGCUAUAGUAAUAAGAUGGAUUUUAUUAUUGUCUCUUCUAGCCUUCCCUGGGACAUGUUGCCCCCUGCACUUUAAGCAUCAGUGAUUUGGGAUUGUAAUUGCUUUUGUAUUGGAAAAUCACCAAUGUUCAAUUGUAUUGAUGUAUAAUCAAAUAUAUUGGUGUCUUCACUGUCCAAAAGCAUUGAUGUAGCUUCAUCAUUAAAGUCAACUGAGCCCC